GCAUGCGCCUUGUCAUUUUCAUUGGCUGGUCAUAGAUAAAAAUUACAAUUCUGCCAAUAAUCGGGCCAUAGCUCAAGUCUUGUUCUGUGAUAAGUCUAAUUUUACGGUGUUAGUGGGCUGUCUGAUGUGCAUUUAAGUGAAAAUAAAUUAUAAUAACAACAUGCAAAUCAAAGAAUACCGUGUUACUAUGCCCCUCACAGUAGAUGAGUACCAAGUUGCACAGUUGUACUGUGUAGCAGAGGUGUCCAAAAAUGAAACUGGUGGUGGGGAGGGCAUAGAAGUCAUAAAGAAUGAACCCUUUAAAGAUUUCCCCUUACUGGGUGGGAAAUUUUCAUCUGGUCAGUACACAUACAAGAUUUACCACUUGGCGUCGAAAGUGCCAGCGUUCAUACGGCUACUGGCACCAAAGGGCUCCAUGGAAGUGCACGAGGAGGCGUGGAAUGCCUAUCCUUACUGCAGGACCGUGCUCACGAACCCGGGUUACAUGAAAGAAAACUUCGUCAUUUGCAUAGAGUCACUACAUUUACCAGAUGUUGGCGAUCAGUUCAAUGUACACGAGCUGCCCCCGGAGAAGCUAAAGAACCGUGAAGUGGUUAAAAUCGACAUCGCGAAUGACCCCAUCUCGGCGAAGGACUACAAGCCAGAGACAGACCCCACGAAGUUCAAGUCGAAAAAGACGGGCCGAGGGCCGCUGGUCGGACCCAACUGGAAGGACGAAGUGAAACCCGUAAUGACGUGCUACAAGCUGGUCACGUGCGAGUUCAAGUGGUUCGGGCUACAGAGCAAAGUAGAAAAUGUCAUCCAGAAAAGCGAGCGACUCUUGUUCACAGUUUUCCAUAGACAAGUGUUCUGCUCUAUGGACGACUGGUACGGCAUGUCGAUGGCGGACAUCCGCGCUAUCGAGGACCGCACCAAGGAGGAGCUGGAGAAGCUGCGGCGCGAGGGAGAGGUGCGCGGGAUGCGCGCAGAAAACGAGUAAACUGUACAAUAUGGACAGGUGAUCGGACUUGACGAAAUUGCGACUAUAUACCUUCAUUUGUUGUUAUACCUUUGUUUUCAGGACAGCGAAAUAUGACGGUUACGUUACUGAGGCGAUGGGAAAAUGUGCCGCACUUACAUUUUGACGCACUAGACCAGAUACGCGAAAUACCAAACUCAAUUCGAAGCUGUUGUAUGGAAUUACUUUUCCAUAUAAGUUCGUUGGCUACGAAUAUUAUACCCGGUUGUUGAAUUGAUAUCUGUAUGAUUCAGAGUAUAUUAUUGUUUCUAUUUGUGGGUAAAAUGUAUCGUUUCGUCUCGUGUCUGUGAAAAUUUGUAUAUUUUGUGCUGAUUACAUGUAAAGUGCAAAAACUCCCAAAGCUUUAUCCAUUAAAUAUUAGCACACGCCCAAUCUCAAUGAACAUACAGCCCCUCUCAAGUAAAAGAAGACUUAUUUUUCGACAGUUGUUUAUUUAUACUUUAUAAAAUAAUUAGAUAAUAAUUCUUUAUAAGAAAAUCGAGACGUCUUUGUCCUAAGACCAAGUUUAUGUUGAUGCUUCGCAUAAAUAUUUAUUUUUAAUACCGAUAUGUAGUUGCAAUUUCUUCAAAACUCCGUUUCACCAUUAGGCGUCAGGCGCACGCUAGCUUCCUCUUGUAGAAAUGGCCAGUUACUUUUAAAAUAUCCGUAUAAAGUGCUAAUAUAGCAAAGUGAAAAAAUUAAAGUAAAAAUGUUUAAUAUAGCUUCAUAAUAUACUAUUGUCUUUAAAAAGUGUGUAUUUUUUGGACAUUUCUAGAACAGGAAGUUUGUGCGCACGAAGUGUGCGGACGCGCUUGCGUCCACCGCGUAUGAUACGCUCAUUUCAUCCAAUAAAAAGUUUUAUUAAUAUCAAUUUUUGUGUAGUAAAAAUUAGUGUUUCAUGACGUCCAUUACUUCGAUGAGUCGUUUGUGAAAGAAACUGUUACAGAAGCGCUCGGCGCGUCCGCCCUCGCUCACAUGCCCGAGCCUCGCGGAAUAUUCUGUUUGGAGCAAUCUUUACACAAAUUGUUAUGUUACGGCUGCUGGCAGUCUUAGCACGUCAAUGUUUAUCUAAAUCUUUCUUAGUACCUUAAGAGAUCCCCUUUCGUACGAAUUAGAUCUCGACGAGGCGAAGGCAUAAAUACCAUUAGAAAAAUAAUAAUAUAAUUCAGAUGUGGAAUAGAUAAUAUUUAACUAAUAAGUCGAUGUAGUCAGUGGUUAACAGGUAGUGUUGUCGUUACCUAAUAAUUAAAGUAAUUCGAUACAACUUUGACAAUUGAUUUAUCAACGAGAACGGUGAGACUCGCUGCUUUCGCCGUUCAAAUGUUCUGUUAGAUAACUUGCCUCGAGCAGAUUUUUGGCUGUUGUUUAUAUUUAUAUUAUUAUAUAAAGAAAACACUUAUUGUAAGUAAUUUUGCGCAAUAGUAUCAGGUAAAUAAUUUUGGCACGAAUGUAAAUUCGAAUGGAUAUUUUAUCGGUGCAAUAUAUUUUUAACAUUGGCUACCGGAGAUAUUAUGUGGGUCGGUUUCACACGUAGCGGGCGUCGUCGGUGGAUACUAAUAUGGCGGCGGUGGCAGUAUGGGACAUGUGGGACAUUCAACAUAUAUCGUAUUUAUAACAAUAUGCGCGACGCCCUCGCAUGACUUGGUGAUGCAUGUGUAUUUUAAUUAAUAAUAAGUGUUUGUUGUUUAACAAAUCAGUAUUGUAAUAUUUGUGUGACAUUCCAGAUGCUAUGCCGAUUGUUGGUUUUAGUUUAUUUUGUCGUUCAUUUAUUGUUUAUUAGCUCUCUGUCCGCGUUAUACCCUGUAAUGGGCAGCGAUUUGUAAACUAAUUUUGAUCAUUGAGUACAAUAACAUAAAAAUAUUAUUGUGUCUGCCACCUUGAAUAAUGUCCAAUCCAAAUGUAAGCUUUUAUUCCCCUUGUUUUUAACCACUGCGACUUUGGCCGCAUAUAUUUAUAUUGCUUCUGUUUGUUCAGAGCCGCCGGAGACCGCAUUCUCAUAGUAAAUGAACUCGGCGUUGUAGCUCCAGAGCGGCCCCAGCGACUCUGAACAACUAGAUAUUUUUGCUUAAUUAUUGCACUCGUUUUUUAAGUUUUUUUUACUUAUGUUGUAAUAAGUUUUACAUCAAAUACAGCGUGAUAUAUAUAUUUGAGAGUAGUCUUUUAUUAGUAGACAUUAGCAAAUUGUUCGCAUCCCGCUUUUAGCAACGUCUAGAGCUUGUGUUCCUGUGUUUCAUUACUUUGAGCAGAGAUGUAGCAUUUAAAGUACUUAAUGACUGCUCUAAGGUCACUGAAAUAGCACAAUCUUGUUCGUGGAGUUACAAAUAUAAAUAUUUUUGUAGUAUUUCGGACCAAAAUCUAGGAAAUCAUUUUAUCUGCAAUUCUCAAAUGUUUGGCCAUAAUAAAGAAUCUGCUGUUUAUUAAAUCCUUGUCGCUUUGACAUUGUUAAACUAAUUUGUAGCAGUUACCAAAUAAAAUUAAGUACACAUUUAAA